AUGUUUUGGCUUGUACUAUCCGUUGUUUUUGGAAUAAUUUCAUAUUUGGUUUAUAAAAUAAUUGUUAAAUUUGUGAAAUCGGAUGUUAAUGAGAAAAAAUAUGAUCAUGCUAUAAUAAUAGGUGGUAGUAUUGGAGGACUGAUUAGUGCUGCUUAUUUAUCAAAAUAUUUUAAACGUAUAACAAUUUUUGAAUCAGAUGAUGUACUAAAUGAUCAACUGAUGAAAGCAACAUCAGAUGAAAUAUUAGAUUACCGGUGUCGUCUCGAAAGUGCAAGCUCACUUGGACGCCGCGGGGUUAAACAGAUUUAUCAACUUCAUGUGUUGGGAGGUGAAGGAAUUAAAAUUAUAUUUGAAUGCUUUCCAAACUUAAAAGAUAAACUAUUGAACGAAUAUGGUGCUCGUAUUAUUUCGUUAAAUAACGAGUACCGUAUGACUAUCUGUGGUAAUCUACUAAAUGAACAUUUAACAAAGGAAAUGAACUGGAUUGGUGUUGAUCGUUUUACAUUAGAAACACUUAUGAGGCGAGAAUUGUGCACGAAAUGUCCUAGCCAGGUUGAAUGGAAAUCUCGUACAAGAGUGACAAAACUACUUGUUGAUGAAUCAAAAAAUGUUGUUAACGGUGUGAAAUAUCGCUAUAGAGAAAAAGAGAUUGAUCAAUCCAAACAGUCUGUUGAUUCUAGGUUUGAAUUGUACGGUGAUUUUAUUAUUGAUUGCACUGGUCGUCGUAGCAAAUCGGUAAGAUGGUUACAAGAAAGCUUACAUUUGGUCAUACCAAUGGAAAAAAUCAAUUUUGGUAUUGGUUAUGUCACAUUCAUCGGUGAAAGAUUUAAUACUGGGAAUCCACUGUUAGAUUCAAAGCAUGUACUGGGUAAUGUAGCUUAUGCUCCACAUUAUAAUAAAGCCCUUAUUAUGACGCCAAUCCGAAAAAUACAGACAAUGGAUACAAAUUCACUUGGAACUUUAUCAACUAUUGUGGUCUAUGGUCUUAAUUCAGAAUAUCCACCAAAUGAUACAUAUGAAAAUCUAUUAGAAUGGGUUAAAGAAUAUUUAGAUCCAGAUUAUUAUUUGAUAUUGAAAUCGACCAAAGUAUUAAGUCCACUAGUUCCAUUUCGUCAUGCUUUUGAUAAUCGAAAAUAUGUUGAAUCAUGUGGCAAACAAUGGCCAAAAAAUUAUAUAUUAUUAGGUGAUUCAAUGUGUACAUUUAAUCCUCAAUAUGGACAAGGCAUAACACAUGCAUGUAGACAUGCUAGAGAAUUGAGUAACAUAUUUCAAGAGGAUAAAUAUAAAUUGAAAGACAUUUCAUAUAUUUAUAAUCGUCGAGCUUCAUCAAUUACUGAAGAAUGUUGGAUCAUGUCUACAACAAAUGAUCGGCUAACGCCAGCAUUAAAAAUAAUAAAAAAGGAUAAAUAUGGAAAAAUUCAAGUUCAUCAACGAGGAGGUGAUGCCCGUUCUUCCAGGAAUUAUGCACAACCCAAAACACCUAUUAUGUUACAAUUUUUACAAUGGUAUAACUACUGGUUUCUCAAAUGUGCAUCUAAAUCCGGCGAAUUAACUACCGACUUUUUAUGUGUUGUAAAUCAAGAAAAAAGUCCAUCUACAUUGAUGAAACCAAAAACUCUCGUUAGGGUUAUUCAUAUGGUAGUAACAAAUUAUUUUAAUUCAAGGCGAACAAUACAGGACUAG